AAUUUACAAAAAAUUUUCAAAUAAACGAAAAUUAAUCGGCAACGGUUAAUUACAUUCGGAAAAGAUUGAAUCAUCGAAUAUUACGCAAUCGCAUAAAAAUUUAUUAUUCGAUGUUUAUUUUUACUUGUAUUGUACAAUAUUUUAAGGUCUCAAUCAAAUGAUUUAAAUAAAAUGAAUUAAAUAAUUAUGUUACAAUAAAUCUAGAAAUCGGACCAAUUUAGAAAUUUCUUAACUGUCAAAAAUAUCUUAAAACGCAGAAAAAAUGGCAUUUAUUCGAAGUUUUACAACAUUAUUUACACCGUUUCGAAAUCCAACAAUUAUCGUUCAAACACGGUCAGCAACUCAAACUAAAAGUGGAGCGAUAUUAGCGGAACCGCAACGGACACCAUUUGGAUUAAUUGGUUUAGUAUGUGCUGUUGUACCUGGUUUAUUGAUUGGGGCAGCAAUUAGUAAAAAUAUUGCUAAUUUCUUAGAAGAGAAUGAUUUGUUUGUGCCAUCUGACGAUGAUGACGACGAUGAUUAAAUGAUCGCACCGAUUCUUGUUUUGUUUAGACAAAAAAAAAAUGUACCAAUUUUUUGCUGGAUACGUUUAAUUAGCUAAAUUAAAAUUUUAUUUAUUUGUUAUGUUUACGAUCUUGUUAUUGUAAUAAAAAUAUUCGCAAUGUGA